AUGGCUCUUGCAGCAGCGGGGUCCGUCGCAGUCGCUCAAAUGCUGUCCAGCAGCGGCCUCAGGCCGCAGUCGUUGUCACUGGGCCAGCAGCAGCAGCAGCUGCUGUUUUCCCCGCAAAUCGCCACCAGCACCUCUUUUACCGCCACUCCCAGAGGCAGCCGCGUCGUCGCCGUGCGCGCGAAAGACGGAGGGAGCCAACGGGCCGUCUUCGGCACGCAAUUCUUCAAGAAACGUGCCCAGGAGGAGGAAGAGGAGGAGGAGGUUGACAAUGGAACGCAGGUCUUUAGGAACUUCUUCUCCCCCAGACCCGCGGUGCAAGAAGACGACGAGGAAGAGGAUGCCGCGCCGCAACAGACGCGCAAGUUCGCAGUCCCCGAGGAAAUCCCCGCGGCGCCUCAGGGGCUGUUCGGGCUCGUGAAGCUUCCGUUCGCCGCGCUGAUUCGCGGGCGGCCCGCGGACCGCAAGACGGUGUUCGUGGCGGGCGCGACGGGGCUGACGGGCGCGCGCGUGGUGGUGGAGCUGCUGUCGGCGGGCCUGAGCGUGCGCGCGGGCGUGGAGGACCUCAGCGACGCACAGCAACUCGCGGAGCUCGCCGCCAAGUACAAGGUGAUCACGGGCGAGGAGGCGAAGCGCCUUAACUUCGUCGAGUAUUCCGCCAGCGACUCGGAGUUCACCGCCAAGUCCAUCGCUAACGCGGGCACCGUUGUAGUCACGCUCGGCGCCGGCGAAAACGGCCCCAGCGGCAAUCUCGAGGUCGACGAGGCGCUCUCCCUGGCGCGCGCCGCGAUCCUCGCGAACGCGCCGGCGUUCGUCCUCGUCUCCGACUUCGCCGCCGCGCCCGCCGGCGUCGCGGUAAAGAGCAAGAGCGGCGGCGGUGGCAGCGGCGGCGGGCUGAUCGCGGCAAUCCUGAAUUUCUUCCGGUCGCUGGCGGGGAAGAAAGGCGAUACGGCAUCGUACAGCAGUGUGUUGACGGAGCUUGUGGAGGCUGACGCGCUUGACUACACCGUGCUGCGCGUGGGGAAAUUCGAGGCGGACUCUAGCGCGUACAGGACGAACCUGGUGGUCGGGGAGGAGGGCAGCAUCGCCGCAGGAUCGCUUGCCCGCGUGCAGGUGGCGCAGGUCAUCGCAGCCAUUGCCGCCAACCCUGGACUCGCCGCCAACAAGGUGGUGGACCUGGUAGCAGAUGCCGGUGCUGAAGCUGGUGAUAUUGCAGAGCUGCUCGCUGAGGUCCCUGAGGAUUCGCGCCGGGCCGUGAAGAAGGAGGCAGCAGAGAGGGCAGCAGCGGCGGAGCAGGAGAAGCAGCUUCGCCUGCUGGCUUCGGCAGAGGCGGAAGCGGCAGCAGAGGAGGCCAGGCGCGCCGCUGAGAGCGCUGCUGCUCUUGAGGCUCAGGCCAAGGCCCUGGCUGCCGAAGAGGCGCGUGCGGCAGCAGCAGCAGCCAAGGCAGCAGCGCGUGCGCAAGCCGCUUCCUCUGCUGUCUCCAGCAUUGAAAGCAACCUCAAAGAAGCUGGCGCCUCCGUCCCUCCCCCCUCCGCCAAACCCGCUGCUGCUGCUGCCGCCCCUGCUGCUGCGUUCUCCGCCCCGUCCCUCCCUUCCUUUGGUGACAUUGCCAAGAAAAUCCCCACUCCGGAUCUAGGGGCUGCUGCUAGCUCUUUCACCGCCGCUGCUUCUGCUGCUGCUGCCAAGGCCACAGGAGGGACAGAGAAGGCUGUAGCUGCUGCUCCUGCUGAUGCGCCGAAGCAGAGGCGGCCGCUGCGACAGAGGCAAUCCAAGCCCGCUGCUGCUGCUGCGCCUGCCGCUCCCAAGCCUGUGGAGAAGCGUAAGGUGCUCGGGGGCCUGCUGACGCAAGAGACAGUGUAUGUGGAUGAGGAUGCUGGUGAUUUUUAA